AUCAGCGUAAAUUCAUUUUAAAGCUUGUGUCAUAUUCCAUCGGCCCUUUCUGGUUUAUUUUUUAUUUGAUAUCAUCAACAUGUCACUGAGACAGAUUAUGACGUCUUCCCUGGCUGCAAGAUGAAGAACCCUAGUGAGAGUAUAUAAGGAAUGCUAGGAAAAUUUCCUACCAUUUCUCUGCGGUACUUCCAGUAGAAGCUCCCUGUGUCCCGUCAUGUUGAUUUAAACGUCGCAUUUUACAUGCAGUUAAUUCAGCAAUUAGAUUCGGUGCAUGUAAAAUGCGACAUUUAAACCGGGCCUGAGGUGUUAAUCCACCCAUCGUUUUAUUUUUGUGUUGUCAUCUCUGCCAACAAUUUCAGUCCUCAUUGAUUUAUCUCUCUUUUUGUUCAAUCUGGCGGCGUCUGGCAGUGACUUGUGCACGCAAGUUUAUGUUUUCUUUGUCAGCGGCACUUUCGCAUAAUUUGAAUAUUUAUGAAUAUUCAACAGUAGCACCUUCGCGUGUCGAACGGGUUUUGUUUUCGCCCGUGAUUCUUACUUUCACUGGUUUCACCAUUCUUGGUUAAAACAGAAUGAUAGCGGCUUGCCUGAGAAAUGCAGCACCAUUUUUAGCUACAGGUUUGGCGGCGGGAUCGGCGGCCUUAUUGGGAUACCAAGCUCAUUAUUCCACAGCUGUCCACGCCCGAGAUGAAAACCUGAAAGAUUUUAAGGACACCCAUGUUAUCAUCGUCGGAGGUGGUUAUGGUGGAAUUGGUGCUGCGAAAAAGUUGAAGGAUCAGUGCAAGGUCACCCUAAUCGAUGCCAGAGAUGCGUUUCACCAUAAUAUGGGCGCACAGAGAUCAUCUGUCGAGACAGGUUUUGCCAAGAAAUGUUUAAUUCCCUACAAACCGACAUUUGGUGAGAACUUCAAGCGAGGGAAAGUUGUGGACGUCAAUCCAUCCAUUAAGGUGAUUACGCUGGAAAGUGGCGAAAAACUUGCCUAUGAUGACCUCAUUAUUGCGACUGGCACAGGGGGGCCAUUUCCUGCCAAACUUCCACUAGAUGUAAACAAGGAGAAGGCUGUGCAAAGAUACGAGGAUUACGUGAAGCUUGUUAAAGACGCUAUGAAAAUAGGCGUGGUAGGUGGUGGAGCUGUCGGCGUGGAAAUAGCGGGAGACAUCAUGGAGGACUAUAAAGACAAGGCUGACGUCUAUCUGAUUCAUCCCAGGGAAAACUUGGUCAACGAUGAGGUUAAUGAGUCCUUCCAGUCCACAAUAAAGGCCAAGCUUAUCAGUUUAGGCGUCAACAUGGUUCUCGGAGAACGAGUGGUGAACAUGGACGAAGUGAAAGAAAAGGGUUUUCAGAACGUCAUGCUUGUAACAGACAAAGGAACCAAGAUGAAAGUAGACCUAGUCAUUCCUUGUACUGGGUUAAAAGUCAACACUGAAGCAUACAAGAACAAUUUGGGGGAUAAAAUGAACCGGCUAGGUCGUCUCAGUGUUGACGAAUUCCUUCAAGUAAAAGACGUACCAGAUGUUUAUGCUAUUGGUGACUGUAAUGAUGUACCUGAAAUCAAGCUCGCUUACGGUGCUGAAAUUCAGGGAAAAUACGUCGCUGACAACUUGAAACUUAAACAUGAAGGAAAAGCCAUGAAGCCUUACAAUGUUAACAAGAGUGUAUUCAUGGUGCUGUGCUGUGGACGAUCGGGAGGUGCCGCCCAAGUCUGGAGGGGCUGGGUCUUUGGGGAUUGGUUCGCUUCAAUGAUCAAAGGGAAAAGCGUCUUUACUCCAAUGCAAUGGAAAAACAUGGAUCAGAAGAUGCCAGAAGAUUAACCUGCUGUGUAUUUUUAGUCAUGAAGACAAAGUUUAGUUUAAUUUAGCCGGGUAAAAAGAGAUCUCAUUGAUAGCAUUUAUUACGUUCACCACUUAUCUGAUCUAGGAUGGUUCUAGCUUUUUGUAUGAAGACUUGAUGAAAUAUUAUUGUAUAGUUUGCCUCUAUUAUAAAUAAAAGUUUCCAUCAGUUUCA